AUGCCUGUUCUCGUUCUGCAGUGCCUGUAUCCCUGCCAGCACUUCUCACCUUCAGACAUCUUGUCUUCCUGUAUCACAUCUUGUGAGUCGCUCCCCACAGUACAAGGCCACUCUCUCUGCAACAGCACCUGUGACUACCUCAGCUACACCAGCACCAACAAACAGGGGGACUGCCCUGCCCCGGAGGACGCGCAGGGCUUCGCUGCAGCAUGUGUGGAGAGCUGUAGUGCUGAUCAAGACUGCAAGGGGGCAUUAAAGUGUUGUCCCAAUGGAUGUGGCCAUACCUGUCAAGAGCCGCUCAACAGACAUACAGGGACACCUCCCCGCUUCGCAGAACGUCCUGUUGCCAUAGAAACCAAGAAAGGCCAGUCCAUCGUGGUGGAGUGGUCAUCGCAGAAGAAGUUUGACCAUGCGGUGUUCCUGCUACAGGAGCGGUCAGCGGUGGGGAAGUAUGUGAAGGAGACAGACAUGUCAGACUGGGAACUGGUGGAACAGACAACGUCCCAGGCAACUGUUGUGAAGGCCCACAGAGGUAGAUGGUACCAGUGGAGACUGGCAGCAGUGAAUGAGAACGGCACCAGGGGCUUCAGUGAACCCAGCAAGGCAGAGAGGCUCAGGAAAGAUCCUGCUCAUCCAAGUCCUCCAUGGAAUCUAACUGAGGGUGACUUUGACAUCAAGGAUGGGAAAAUCUCCGUAAACGUCCACUGGUACCCACCGGCGUACAGCGACCUCCCCAUCACCAGAUAUCGCGUGUACUGGAGCAAGAGGUUAAAGGGCGUGACCCCUGGCCUUAUGAAGCUGAAGGAACACAGGAAGAGUGUGAGAACUCCCAUGAUCACCCUGGACGGCCUGGAGCCAGACACUAGCUACUUUGUACAGGUCCAAGCCUUUGCCAACUGGGGAGACAACGAGAGGCUACGCAGUGAUCGAGAGUCUUUCUUUCUCAGCACCAUCCCUCUCCCUAUAGAGUUGCCGCCGACCCCGCCCAACCCUGUCAUCUUGCGUCUGCACUCUCCCAGCGCGGUGCAGAACCUGUCGAUAGAGGAGCCGUUUUUCCACCACGAUAGAGUCAAGGCCAAGGUCUCCUGGGGCCUGCCUGAAGGUGAGACGCACAAGUCAGUAACUAAGUUCAUGCUGCGAUGGGUGCCCACAGUGUGUGGGGAUGGGUACAGCGGAGACGGCACACUUCUCAGUAGGAUCAAGGAGGCCACAACGCAUAAUCUUGACUUUGACAUCUACGACCUGAGGUUUGACUGUCACUACGAGGUCAGAGUUCACGCCGUGUCGUCAGAGGGGGUGAUGGGAAGGGAGACGGGGAUCCACUUCUACAGUCCGCCGUGUCGCGAGAUUAGGAUCAGGGGACGGCAGAGGCCGGACUGUCCCACGCCUGCCCCAGACGUGCCCCAGCAGCCCCAGAACCUGUCCUUUGUGUUCUUCAUGGCGGAUGGGAACGUGACGGGACAGUUCAAGUGGAGAAUGCCUGUCCAGUCAGACAAGCCAGUUACAGGUUUCCGUGUGAUGUGGGGAGAGCAGGUCAGCUCCUCCAAAGGUGUGGCCAAUGGUCUGCCCCAGACACCCGUCAUAGACAGGACAAGUGCAAAGGCGAAAAUGCUGCCCAAGGACCAGUUUACCCACCUGAUCCAGGGUUUGACCCCUGGCCGACCCUACGUGCUGCAGGUUCAGGCGCUGUCAGAGGUCGGCGGGGGAGCCAUGGCGCAGCUCGAGUUCACCGUUCCUCCCAUCAGGCAACAGUCCAACUAUAUCCCUCCUAUAGGGAGACCGUCAUAUGCGGAGGAGUGGGAGAGAAAAUUCCAGGGUUACAACACGGACCUCUUCCAAGACGACGAGAGAAGAAACGGCGUCUCCCCUCAGAGCACCGCCCGAACUAGAACGUCGCCAUCUUGGGCGCAACAAAACCCGGGGAGCGAAGCAAACAGCGAUCCCCGCGCCUCGGCACAGUCGUUAAGAUUGUGUUGGGUCACAGUGCUACUGUGCUCCUUUACAAUUGUUGCAGGAUUCUCUUGUUUGUAAAUAUACUUAAUGUGUAACUGUAAAUAGAACGUAAUUAGUGAAAAUGAUAAUUAUGAUGGUGAUGAGUGUUCCAGAGAGGCCAAGAACGGACAUUUUGCUGGCAGACACCUGUUUAGUUGUGUGUCAGAAUAGCAUUAGUUAAACCGAAUAGGUUGGCUGUUCACAGAUAAUUUUAUCUAUAGCUUAGGUGUAACUGCCAGCAAAUAGUCCAUUGUUGGUCCUGUCUGUACAAUCUGUGAUUGUCUGCGAUGUUAUGAACUGCUAGGUGUAUGGAGCUUUCUGUCUUCCUUUUUAGGUUAAUGACUCUAAAUAUGGCAAGGGAACGUUCUCUGAGGACCCUUUUUGUCACAUUGAUCAUUUUAAAGGUGGCUAUUGUUUCACAACAAGGUGCCAGUAGUUUGUGUGUCAUCACCAUGGUUUACACAAAAUAUACAGGCACUGAAUGCUGCAACAUCCAGCCUUAUAGAUUGUAGUUUUGGAUGGGAAUGAUGGCAAAGUUAAUAUAUCAAGCAGUUCAUAUCUGUUGUUCCUAUUGUUGGAGCUAGCGUGUGCGUCGGGUGCACUUGUUGCUGCACUACUUGUGUGCGAUGGUUGUUGCAAUAGUCAAGGCAUA